AUGUAUUUCAACUUUUUAGUUAUUAUAAUAGGUUUGAUAAAAGUUGUGUUCAAUGACGACCACAAUAACGAUGACUUCUGCGAGAAAUACAUUAAUAAUUAUAACUCAUUUGACUUUGCAUUGGAUGAUACCUUCAGGAGACCAACGGAUGAGUUUAGAGAAGUGGUUAUUGGAAACUAUUCGUGGCCUAUAUAUUAUGAUAGGAUUAAUGGCAAUGCAUUCAUUGGACAACAUUAUCAUAUCAAUGACUUUAAGCACAAAUUUGAUGUAAAUUUUUUAUUUGAUUUCGGAAAUAAAGGAAUUUGGAGAGCAUUUUAUAAAAAAGACUUGGAGUAUAUUGUAAUAAAUCAAUUGGGAAGCAAUGAUUUCAGUGAAUUAAGAAACCAAUGGAAAGGUUCCGAUUUUACACCGACUGUGGCUUUCAGUUCUCUGGAAAAACUGAUGCCUAUAAUGAUAAUGUCUACCGAUUCUGGAAACGGUUACAAUAGACAGGCAAAGAUAUACUCGUGGAAUACCUAUUCAAAUGAGUUUAUUGAAGUCGAUCCAUCAUAUUAUCAAAUUCCCAUUUUUAUUGCAAAACUAAAUCCAAGAUUACAUUUGGAUGUAAUUCUUUCAAUAUAUCACUUCCAAAAAUUUUUGGUUAUAUUUGAUGACCCGUACGGACCUAAAUAUUGUGUCACUAAAACCAAUAUGACUGAACAGGAGUGCGAUGAAAAUAAUAUCCAAUAUUUGGUUGAUUGUCAUAAAUCAGACAUUACUACUACUACUAUUACAACCACUGAAACUCCGUCGACAACAAUAACAACCACUUCAUCGACAUCAAUGACAACCACUCCGUCGACAAUACAAACAACAUCUGAAAUGACUGAAUCUGAAACUACAUCCACUACUGAAAUGACAACAAUAACUGAAACCGAAACACCAAUUACACAGACAUUGACUACAAUUACCGCCGAAACUGAGACAACAAUUACAAAAAUUCCUGAAGUGAUUACAUCUAACAACACGACAAACCCGACAACAAAUAGUACACAAUCUUUAGAAUCGACGGAAUCGAUGAGCGAAUCGUCUAUUUUUGACAAUAGUUAUGGACUUCCGAUAUUUGUUGUAUUAAUUUUUAUAAUAAUACUUAUUAUUUCUGCGUUGUGUGUCUUUAGUGUGUAUUAUGUGAUCAAAAGAAAAUCGGAUAAUUCAAACAAGACAUUGAAUGCUUCAAUACGAUCGGGAGAUAUCUCUAAAAUGCCUUCAUUUACCACUUUAGGUACCAUUAAUACAAUCGACUCGACAACCGGUUCAACCAUACAUAUCAAAUAA